GGGGGGGGGGGGGGUGGCCAUUUAUCUUUAUCUCAGGAAGAGUGUCACAUGACACUAUAACACGAUGAAAGUGGCAUUGCCCCAAUCAGCUCCAGGCAAGUUCAGAAGACACAGAUGAGCCACAGACCCAAAUGACGGCUACCUGCACAAGGCCUGGCUCCCUCACGGUGGUCCUGAGUGGCAGCAUUGAGGGAGAAGUCCCCAAGGACACAGCUUCUGAAGAGCACCAUGCCAUCUUCCUACAUGAAGAGAAACACAAGAGAAAGCAGGCAAGGCCACGAGCAGUGAAGGAGGAAGAUACAUCAGACAUCACAGAGGCCUUUUUGCCCCUGGCCUUGCUGUCCCAUUCUCAGAAGAACUCCAAUCUCGGUGGUAGUAGUUGGCUACAUCGUACCCCUGAGCACUGGAGUGGGCUUAGACACAGGUGUUCUAUAUCAUUCUACAUGAAGGUCUGCUAGACAAGGUUUCUACAUCCAAAGGGUCACAUGGGAGGUCUGGGGCUGUGGCAGCCAUUCUGUAACCACGAGGCAGGCUGAAAGGUCACGCACAGAGCUAGUGAUGCUAUCCCUGAGCCUCUCAGAUGAACACACUCUGAGACUUGCGACAGGGAUGAGCCAGCAAGGUUCACCACUUUAAGUCCAUAGCAUCCUCACUGCUACUAGAGCAGUCAGCAGAGGAACCUAAAGAAGGGCUUGGUAAUGGAAGAAGGGGGAGCGGGUUUGCUGCCUGCAAUGGCGGCUAAUGUUCCUGGGUCCUCACCCCUGCCUCCAGUGCAGUUCUGGACACCUCACACCUACUAACUGCUUAAACCCUAAGGACACAUCCUUUUUUUUGUUUUUUGUUUUUGUUUUUUUUUAACAGAGUCUCACUGCCUCUGUCUCUCAAAGGCUGGAAUCAUACCAGGCCUUUGUUUUUUUAUUUUGGUUUGUUUAAGACAGAUCUCACCAGACUGGCCUUCCUCUCCCAGCAAUCCUCUUGCCUCAGCCACUGGAGCCCUGAGAUCCUGCUAUUACAAACUGCCUCUCCGUUCUCAACACUUGCCCCUUAAGGCCGACUCUUGAUAGUUGACAGUAUCAUGACACUGGACAACCCAAGAGGAGCCUUUGGAAUGUCACACAGCCAGGAGAGCUUAGGAAAGCUCUGGACGUGGCCGAGCACAGGGCUCCCUCCUGACAGCGCGGCUCCCUGCACCCAGACAGUGGCUCUCCCUCCUCGGUGGCCGGGGAUUAGCUCUCUGAGGACUAGCGACGGGAUUAGCACGCGCGAAAGCGGCGCCCGGCCCGGGGAUUACCGCACCUCCCACCCCCGACGUAUAUAUUCGGCCGCUCGCUCCGGCGACCCGCGGGCAUGGCGACUGCAGGCAGCGCGGCGAGCCGCAGGGACCCUGGACGACCCUGCCCGUUCUCCAUCGAGCACAUCCUCUCCAGCCUGCCUGAACGCAGGCCCGCGGCGCGGCCGCUGCAGCCCGCCGGUGGCCGGAACCCCGCUGAGCCCGACGAGCCCGAGGCGCCUGCCGCCGCUGCGCCCUGCGCCUGCUGCUGUUGCUGCGGCCCGCGAGCAGCACCCCGCGGAGUCCCGGAGCCCGCGUCCGGACCCGGCGUGCGGCUAGCGUGGCCGCUGAGGCUGGCACCCGCCGCUCCCUCGCCCCUGACGGCGCCGAGCGCAGGCUCGCCGGCGCUGACCGGCACGAGCGGCCCCGGCCCGCAGCGGCGCACGCGGCGCCACCGCACCAUCUUCAGCGAGGAGCAGCUGCAGGCGCUCGAGGCCCUCUUCGUGCAGAACCAGUAUCCCGACGUGGGCACGCGGGAGCGCUUGGCUGUCCGCAUCCGCCUGCGAGAGGAGCGCGUGGAGGUCUGGUUCAAGAACCGCCGGGCCAAGUGGCGACACCAAAAGCGUGCUUCGUCAGCGAGGCUCCUGUCUGGAACCAAGAAACCUCCCAAGGACAGCUGUUGACAGUGUCUGGAGUGUCUCCUGGUUUGGGCAGUGACGUGGAGCACAAGAAAGUAGGAGGGAGACAGACCUACUUGAACAGAAACUAAGAGAGGACCGCAGUCUUCCAGCUGCCCAGUGCUGAGAGAGAGGGAAUCCAAGACCUCCUCACCUAUGAAGGGAGGGCACAUGGGGCAGGAACCAGAGAUCUCCUGCAGGUAAAGAGCAGGAUUAAAGCCGGUGGAUGGUGGCAAGGCCUCCUGGGAUUUGCUAUGGCCUCUAAGUACCACCAACUUGCUUCACAGGUCCUGGUGUGGUGAUAUCUGUGAGAGAUGUGGUCCAUCCAUGAAAGCUAAACUCUAGAACCAAUGGCAGGAGGUCUUGGCACUGUGUAAAGAUGGCUGGUUUGGAGAACACUGAGCAGGCAUGUAUCCCCAGCCAGAGCUGUUCUAACACUGCUAGAGACCUCCAGGAUUGGCGAUUCUCCUCCCCAGUCCCUUGGAUGCACAUGUAAGGCGCCACCAGACUCUUCUUCCUGAACUUUGGCCUUGCCUUCGAAGACUGCACUGUCUCCUUCAGACGCAGCUGUCCAGGAGGUCAGCUCACCUGCAGGCUUGGGCAUUCACAUUGUGCUGGGUUCCAGGCCCCUGACCUCCUCCGUUCUCCAGAAUCUGAGCUCACCUGAGCUUCUGCCCUCCUCUCACCGUCACUGUCCCCUGAAGAGACUCCUCGCAGCCCUCACCUGGCACCUGGCAUUAGCAAGUGUCCAGAGGCUCCCUUCCAAGGCCUCUCCCAUCUCCAUUCUCUUCUUUGAAAAAUAAUCAGUGUGUGUGUGCGUGCGUGCGUGCAUGCGUGUGUGUGUGUGUGUGUGUGUGUGUGCGCGUGCGUGCGUGUGUGUGUGUGUGUGUGUGUGCGCGCGCGCGUGUGUGCGUGUGCACAUGUCUGCCUGCGUGUGUGCAUGUGAACCACAUGUCUGCCUGCUGCUGGUAGAGAUCAGAAGAAGGUAUUGGAACCCCUGGAACUGGAGUUGUGUGCCACCAUGUGGGUACUGGGAACUGGACCCAGAUCAUCCGGAAGAGCAGCAAGUGCUUUUAAAGGAUGAGCUAUCUCUACACCCCCCUCCACUCUCUUUUUGAUGUGUCUUUUUCAUCCUCGAGCUCCAAUCCCCACCUCUGUUGCAUAUAUUUCCGUCUCCAGUCCAGGCCCCCCCUGACAACACUUGGAAACCCACAGCCUCCUCACACUUGCCUUGUGUACAGUGAGCCGUUGGCCUUGUUUAAGACACAUGAGUUCUUGAUCGCCAGUAGCCCUCUGUCCCUCACCUAAUCACACCAGGCCCAUCCAGUCUCACCUCCAAACGGGUCGGUAAACCCCACUGAAACUGGCUUCUCUGCACUUAAGCUUGGUUAACCUGACAAAAACUGCUGGCACCUUGCGCCAUGACCAUUGCAGCUUUCUCUAGUUAUAUUCACCGGAACCACUCAGCCUCCCUUUAAUCCAAAACAAAAAUAAUAUUUCUUGCCAGGACCCCAAAGAUACUGUGAGCCUGGCUCUGCCCCCCAACCCGCUGUCACAUCCAUCCUUUGCACUGCACUGUGUAACCAAAGGCCUGCGCUGGAAUUUGCCUUGCUCCAUCCUGGGCCUUUGCCUGUCUUUUCUCGCUCCACUUGACUGAUGCCUAUCCAUUCCUCUUUUGGAUACGAUCUGCCUGGGAAAUGCCACUUGAUACAUGUCCUGUGUAGAAGUCACGAUUCUCUGAGUACAGACUUCUUGCAAGUCACAGGCGUGAUUUUACACAUUUGCAGGAUGACUUAAUGUGUGUGUUUCUUUAUUAUUAUGGUGAACGCUAUGGGGGCAGGGACAGAGCCAUAAAGUCCCCAGUGACUCCCAGUGAAGGAAGAGACCAUUGGAAAAGCAAAAUUGUACCAAAUCAUUCUGGGUUAGAACUUGUUUGUUUGGGGUAAUUCACGAUCUCCCUUACGAUGGAAGUCCCAUGAAUGCUUUCAGUGAGUGCAGGCCUCUUUUGGGAAGCCCACCCCGGCAGGUGGAGAACUAAUAAAUCGAACCAGAGAUUUAAGCGCC